AUGAGAAGCAAGAAGUGCACCCUCCCAUGCAUUGGAAGGCCUCUGGUGUUGGACAACGAUUACCAUGAGGUGCCACCUGUGGAGUACUUGAUUACACCUCAGGUGCGCCUACAAGGGCGAUCCGUACGGAGCAAAUUCUUCGCACGCCCAAGUAUUCGCCCAGACCCCUCAGCAUCCUCCAAGGCACAGCAGAGCAAGCUCGCUCCUGGACUGGUACAGCGCCUGGCCAAGCGCCUUUCUAUCGCUGUGGGCUAUCCCUUCAUCUUCAACAACAAGGUGGACCCGGGAGUCAGGGAUGCUGCCUUGGAGGAGCUCCCCCACAUUAGGCAGCAGCUGCUCGCUGCAAAUGAGCAGAAUGCCAUCCUCCGGCAAAAUGCCGCUCUUUUUGCUGGCCAGCUUGGACAGAAGGAGGCAGCGGCCAGGGCAUCAGAGCAGGAGGCAGCACUGCUCAGGCAGCAGCUCACUGAUGCCGAUGAGGUGCACAGAAUAGAGAUGGAGGAAAAGGACUCCCAGCUCCAGCAGAUGGUUGCACGCGAAGCAAAGGCCAAGAAGGCAGCACAGGCGGCCAGGUCACUGCUGGUGAUUAGCACGGCGCAGCUCAAGGACAAGACUGGCCUGCUGAAGGAAAAGGAAGCUGAGCUGGCAGCUGCACGGGACACCAUUAGGCAGAAGGAGGCUAUGAUCAGCCUGCUGAAGCAGAUGGAAGAGGAUGAGCUGAGUGAGGAGGAUGAGGACACAGAAAAUGAGUCUGAUGAGGAGGUGCAGGACGAGGAAGCGGAGCAGGGUUCCUGCACGGUGACUGGCGAAGUUGGCGAGGGCGGCUGCGCCACCAUCUUGUCGGUCAACAUGAGCUACGAGGCCGUGGCCAAAGUGGCCCGGAGAUUCAAGGACAAGGACCAGACCCAGGAUGCAGAGAGGGACCUGCACAACGAGGCGCAGGUGCUGAGCGUACUGCCGCCGCACCCAGCUCUUGUGAAGGUGUUUGGCUGGGCAAGCAUCGACAACCCCCUGACUGGGACCCCCCAGGAGGCCGUGAUCAUGGAGGGACGGCUGACUGGACGCCCAAUGGAGACACUCAAGGCGCUGCUGAUCCUGUACGACCUGUGCAAGGGGGUGGCGCACUUGUGGGGGCAUGGCUACAUCCACCGCGACAUCAAGCCCCCCAACAUUCUGAUGUACCUCGACGGCUGCGCCAAGCUGGCCGACUUCGGUUCCGCCAUGCUUGAAGACGACCCAUGCACCGAGUUCAGCGGCACGCCCCUGUACUGCACGUCAGACUCCUACCUGGACAUGACGGCAAGCCAGCAGGACGACAAGCGCGCGCUGUGUGCGACAGCGUGCGAGCUGCUCACCGGGGGCGAAGUUCCAGACGAGCUGCGGGACCAGUACGACAGGCUGUCAGAGGCGCAGAAGGAGCUGGCCGAGGCGGAGUUUUUGCGCGGGGCGGAGCAGUGCCAGUGCACCGACAUCUGCUAUGACGAUCGGGUCACCGCCGCAGAGCGCCUCGGCUUGAUCGGCAUCACAGAGGUGGUACCGCUGGAUAAGAGGCUGCCGGCAGAGCUGCUGGAGGACAUCCUGCUGGGCAUCCAGGACCCCAGCAGCCUGCCGCUCAGCUGCCUCCAGGCCAACAUCAUGUCAGCCAUCAGCAAGAUCAGCCAGUCAUGA